UUUACAUGCCAGAGGGACUGCUGAAUAGAUUUUAAAACAUACAUUACACACACACACUCUUAUAUAGAAUCUGUCUAGAAGUUUCACAACAAUACUAUUGACCAACAUGGUUGAUCCUGGCUUUCAUUUAUGAUUUCACACGAUGUUCUUUGGUGAACCAGAAUUUAUGUACCAGGAUCAGUGUAUUCUUAUUAUUGCAUUGCCAGUUGGCAUCGAAGUGUUUCUGAGUCACAGUUUCAGAGGCUGGUUCAAGAAAUCUCUUAAUAGGCAAUUAUGGAAUAAUCUGUCCACAGAGGAACAUUCUAGCCAACCGCUAUCACCUAAUAAUUGUUUUAUGCCCUGAUUUGUGAGGGAUUAUAUCCCUUGUACAAUUUUCCUCCUGUACUUUGUAACUGUGGAUAUUCUUACUAUGCAUAUACAUGUCCAAUGCUCCUGUGAAACUUGUUAAGCUCUUGACAACAUUAAUGCCUGGUAGAAUAGGUUGUACUGUAGGUUAACUUUUCUUUUAACUUAUAGACCAGUAUGUCCUUUUAUCUCUUAAAUUUAAAAUUUAUUAAUGAGUUUCAUUGUAUGUCCCCAGUUUUUAUAUUAAAUGAGAGGGAGAACAUAACUAGGAGCACUCAGCUUAACUUUCCUAUGCCAUUCUCCAUUUUAUAUACCUCUAUUAUAGUCCUCCUUAUUUAUUUUGUCUGUAAACUAGGCAGUCAGAAUCUUUUCUGUUUUUCCUUUUUUGGAUUUCAAUAUGCUUCUGAUUAUUUUAUCAUUUGCAUCUGAACCCCCUUCUGUUUCCACAGCUAUAUUGUUUGACCAGACAUGACCACAGUAUUCAAAGUGAAGACUUCCUGUCAAUUGGUAUAAUGCCAUUAUAAUGUUUUCGUGAAUAUUUUCCAUCCGAAUAUCUUCAUACUUCCUAAUAUUGUUAGCUUUUUUGACCACAGCUGCGUAUUGAACAAAGAUUGCUAUUUUCAUACCAGUGAUGUUUUUGUUUUUUAAGAAACUUAAAUUUUCUGUUUUUACUAACACUGGGACAGCUCCGUUGGUGUUAGCAACAGUGGGAGCACUAGUGUGGGCAGGUUGCUGCUGAGAUUGUAAGCACAGUGAUGUUUUCUCUCACUCUGUCAAAGUGAUGAAAACACUGGCAACAAUUUUCGCCUUGUCUACAAUUUUAUAAGGUAUAAUCCUUUAAACUUCAGGCCAUAAUCUUUACUUCCAGUAAAAAUGAAUUGGUGGAGAACAUUAGGAAGAAAUUUCUCGUGUAGACAAGACUUGGUGCAUUCUUCUUUUUGCUGAGUAAUUACAGUUGAUUUAGGACUCAACAGUGUGCAUGAAUAGUUUAAAUUAUUUCUUUCAGUGUACAUUGCUGAUACACCUAUAUAAGCUUCCUCUGAAUUUUCUCUUGGUUCUGUCUAGUCUUGACUAUCUCUAAUAAUUUCAUUUUAUUUCAGAGUUCACUUGCUUUUGUGGAACAUGAAUUGCUACGAUAAACAUCAAUCCUAGUAUGGAUGUUUGGGAUACUGUUCACCUUUUCCUGUGCUGCGGAAUUAACCAUUAUUCCCAUUAUUUGUCUCUUAGUCUCUAAUCCAUCACAGUACUUUUCAUCUGGCCUUAGUUUUCUUACUAGCCUUUUAUGUGAGCCUUUAUGCUUUCAAACAGACUUAGUUAAAAAAAUUGGCUUUAAUCAGUUCUGUUAUCUACUGUUGUGGUCAAGGAAUUCCAGAAGAUUGGAGAGGCAGAAUUUUUCUUUACAAGGUUCAUCCUUAUCACAUAGUUCUGCUAGAUAUUUUAUAACUCUUUAUUUCAAUUAAUUUACAUGGUUCUGAAAUGUAUCUCACUAGUUUAUAAUUCAUGGGUAUGCCUAAUAGGUGCAACUUUUGCUAUCCUCUGUCAGUGUCUGAUUUUAGUGAGAUUGAGCUGCUAACAAAAAUAUUCAGUCACUUGAACCUUAAAUUCUUUCAGAUCUCUAGAAUGAGUACCAUGUUCAAGUGGCUUGCUGCUAUUUACUUUUUUAGUUUGUUCCUCCCUUUGCCACUUCAGUCUCCAAGAGUGCUUCUCUUUUUUUUUUAACCUGUGAAGAGAAGAUCUGUAGUAAGUAACUUCUUAACAACCUCAGGGGUGAAGACUGAUACAAAAACAUAAAUCAGAGCAGCGCAGAGAAGCUGUCUUUUUCCUCAGUUGUUCCUUAUGUACCUUAACGUCCAGUGUACCCACUGAUUUUUUUUUUUGCAGGCUUCCUGUUCCAAGUAUAUUUUGAGAAUUUAUUAUUCUUAUAUGCUUAUCUAUGUGCUCUCCUCAUGUCCUUUUACUUUCCGUCUUAAAUUUUUCUUAUCAUAUUUAUCCUUUUCUGUUGGCUUCACUUAAGCUGGAUUUCUCUUAUUUCUAUAAUGUGGCCAUUGAAACAUACUGGAUUUAUUUUGUUUUCCAUUUCUUCUUUUUUUUUUUAUUUAGCAGCAUGCAAAUGUCUGAUGAUGGAAUUACUGUAUAUUCAUUAUCCUCCACGAUUUUCUCAACCAUGUCUCAACUUGAUAUCUGACCAGUUUAUGUGCAGUUAGUUGCACGUUGUAUUAUUCCUAUUCUAUUAGAUUUUGUUGCUGGUUUAAUCUCCUAAAUGUCAUGCACUCAAAUAUCAUUUUCCGAGCUUGGAGGUUGGUAGUAUGUUCCUACUUGUACUUGUAUUUUUAUGUUUGGGGGUUAGUUUCCAUACACAUUCUUCUGUAAAGUCCUCUUCACUCAAAAUUUUAUCUCAUUAGAGUGUAUGAAAUCUUUUAGGUAUGGUACCCACUCUCCUUCUGUGAACUAAUGUCAUUCAUGUAUAAUAACUUUAAUACAUGUCUGUAAAUCCCAGCAGUUGUUGUCCCACUGCAUUUCAGAAACACAGAUUAUUUCAAAGUUCUGUUCAAGUGCAAGUCAUCUUUAGCUAAUGUAUUCUGUCUCAGCUUCUCUGACACUUAUUUUUUUUUACUUUUGACAAUAUGCAUAUCAGAUGUACUUUUUUUAAGCAACAUGGGGUGGUAUUUUUCUCGAAUGUACAAAUAAGUUUGCGGAUAGUAUAUUUCCGUCCUUUGACUUUUUUUCAUAUUCAGCAGCAACUAGUGCCAUAUUUCUCUGUUAAUUAAAAAAUUAGGGCAUUUUUCCUGAGCCUUAUAACUGAGGAAUAAUUUCAUGAACAUUUUUUUUUCAAAGGAUUCUGUGUCAUGACUGUUGGUUUUUCCUUGAAGAAGGAAGAGCUAGAAAAACCUGAAAGUGUAGUCUUUUAGGUGUUUGGUACAGUUGGAAGAACAAGACGGGAGAAGGAGAUUGCUGUUGCAUUGGUCUCUGAAAUUGAAUUGUUUCACGAUAGUGCUACUGGCAGUCCUGUUUGUGGACUUGUACAGUGUGCAUAUGCUAUGAUUUCCUCCUGGUGAAAUCCUGGACUAUUGGCAAUCUUAUUAUACUGUCCACUUCAAUUUGACUUAUUUCUUAAGGAAUCUGUGUAAAGUCUCAAAAAGAGCAGGAGUACUUGUGGCACCUUAGAGGCUAACAAAUUUAUUUGAGCAUAAGCUUUUCUGGGCUACAGCCCACUUCUUCGGAUGCAUAGCUAUGCUGUAGCCCAUGAAAGCUAACGCUCAAAUAAAUGUGUUCAUCUCUAAGGUGCCGCAAGUACUCCUGUUCUUUUUACGGAUACCGAUUAACACAGCUGCUACUCUGAAACCUAUCUAAAGUCUAAACGUUGUUUUUGUUUGGGGGGGGGAGGGCAGGGAAUGGCUCUUCAGAUGGACCAGAAAACACUCCUCUGCUAGAUUCCUGUGGGAAUUUUCUAGGUGUCAUAGCCCUUUCUUGGUACCCACCUGGUAUGGCUGACGAAAAUGGGGAACCUGCUGAAGAUUUGGUGCCUGUUAUUUUGGAUAAUGCACACAAAUACAGUCUAAAGGUCACUUUUCAUAUUGAGCCAUAUAAAGAUCGAGAUGAUCGCAGUAUGUACAGCAAUGUGAAGUACAUUAUAGACAAAUAUGGAGGCCAUCCAGCUUUUUACAGGCAUAAGACCAGCACAGGCAGAACCCUCCCCAUGUUUUAUAUUUAUGAUUCUUAUGUAACAAUCCCUGAAAUAUGGGCAAAUCUAUUAACUGUUUCUGGAUCCCAGAGCAUUCGCAAUACUCCAUAUGAUGGAUUAUUCAUUGCACUUCUAGUGGAAGAAAAACAUAAACAUGAAAUCCACAGAAGUGGUUUUGAUGGAAUUUAUACAUACUUUGCCACCAAUGGUUUUUCUUAUGGCUCAUCUCAUCACAAUUGGCCAAGUCUAAAAGCCUUUUGUGACAGCAGCAACUUAAUGUUCAUUCCAAGUGUCGGACCAGGAUACAUUGACACCAGCAUCAGACCAUGGAAUAACCACAACACGCGCAACCGUGUUAAUGGGAAGUAUUAUGAAACUGCCUUCAGUGCAGCACUUUUGGUGCGACCAGAAAUUAUUUCCAUCACCUCUUUCAAUGAAUGGCAUGAAGGGACUCAGAUUGAAAAAGCUGUUCCUAAGAAAACUGGACAGGUAACUUACCUGGAUUACAAGCCUCAUAAACCAACUAUGUAUCUGGAGCUCACUCACAAGUGGUCUGAGAAAUACAGUAAGGAAAAAGAACAAUGGCUUAUGUGAGGUGCGACUGCUCCUGUUUGUAAAUACAUUCAGUCCAUCUCGGAGGUGGAAAUGACACUGGGAAUUCUAAUUCAGCCAAUCAAGAUGGCUUUUAUCAUAAAUAUACUUUAAAAAAAACACAAACUUUUGAAUGUAGUAUGCGCUAUUACUUUACCUGUUAGAAUUAAUUUUGACUCCUUUUAGGGGCUAAAAUAAUAGUGAGCAAUAUUGCAUCUCUAGGCUAUUUUAAUUGGAGAAUAUUUUGUGAAAUGUUAGAUGCUUUUUAUUCAUAAUCUGUAUGUAAAGCUUACAGAAACUCUAUCUGGAAUAAUUCAGAGGUGUCUCAAGUAAAGUGACACAGAAUUUAGCAUAUUUACUUUUAUUACCUUUAGCUAUAUAGCCGUGUUUCAGAGUUGAAUACUACUGUGAUUAGAAUUUUGUCUCGAUAGUUCCUCAGAGGAUAAAUAUUUGUGGUGCAUGAAAUAACGUAGCAAUUGUUAUAUCAUUUGUACACCUUGUAGCAGGCAGAGAGUUUACUUUAACAUUUGACUUGUGGUACAAACACUAAGACGUGUGAAAUUGUUUUGAAAUUUACAACUUUUGGUUUCAGAAAUUGAUGAAAGGGUUGUUUAACUCCAGAUUAGUCUUGUAUUUAGAUUUUGCAUUCUGUAUUUUUUUGUAACUAUGGAGUGUCAACAAAAUGCAUUGAGAUCUUCUAACUAGAAUGAAAUUAAAGAAGGAAUAACAGUAACUAAAAUGAGGGGGGGAAAGUAUCUGAGUAAUGAAAUUGCUCAAAAUAAGAAAAAUCGGUUUCUUAAACAAGAUUUUCUUUAAUGUUUACCAGGGAUAGAAUUUUUUUAUUACUUAUUGCAGACCUAGAUCCAGUGUUUGGAGGGAAAAAAAUGAAAAGAUUACAAGUCACAUAAGUAUUUACUAGUCCUACAAUUGAUUCAUUUUCUAGAGUAGUCUUUGUUACAUGAUUUUAGCAGCACAUAGUCUUUGGCCACUAGAAUGAAUUUGUCUGUUACCAUCUGAAAUCUUAGCUUUCAAGUUUUCCGACAGUUCAUUGGUUUCCUGCAGUACUAAAGAUCGCAGCUACCAAAAUCAUGUCAGAAUUCAGGUGAGGAGAAAAUACAGCAAGAUAGUAAUUGAGUGAUGUUCUUAUUGCAUUUCAUAAUGUGCCAUUGCUAGAAAUGAGUGCUUAAUACUGUUUGAAAAGCUGAGAUUCUCAGGUUUCAAUUAUUAUAACUCAUUCCUUUCUAGGCCUGGUUGUUUCUGGGACACCACUCGACAAUGGUCUAUGUGUAGCAAUGCUUUUUUGGCACUUACCCUGUUCUGAAUAGAGCAAAUCCCCAAACUUGGACCACUGUGGGUUUCACUAUUUGGUUUCAUAGUUGUGGUGAAUUUGAGAGUACUUUGGCAAAUAUUUAAUCUGUAGCAUAGUAUAAUUGCUUUUAUUUUAUUUUAUUUUAUUUUUACUUACUUUAGGCCCUGAUCCUACAUUGUGAUUCACAUGUAAACUGCCCAUUGGAGUACCAUUGAUAUAAUAGAAUUUUGUGCAGGCACAGUAAUCUGCCCAUGCAGUCGUAAUGCAGGAUUGAAAAAGUGAAACUUUUUUUUAUCUGAAACAUGUUUAAAUUUAAUCUUAAUGACAUGAUGUUGCUGAUAUUUGUUAGUGACUUCUUAAUGUGAAGGAAGGAAGGGUUUAUAUGAAACUUGUCUCCAUAGAUUAAAGAUGGUUUUUUCACCAAACUUAUGUAGGGAAACUGUCUGAAAUCUUUAACUGUUUUAUACAUCCAGGCUGGCAAAUUGUUUGUAAGAUUUCUCUUCAAAUUAUUUAAAUGGUUCUAUUAGUAAGCCCCCAGACAUCUUAGACAUGGAAAUUCCAACUUAUUUUUAACUAAGAUUAACAUAUAGGACCAUAUUCUCAGCCACAGCCAAGGAUUGUGAGGUGUAGCUUACAAAAGGGGCUGCGGAGGAGCCAUUUGUGGUUCCCAGUGGUGGGAUCAGUUCUGCUCUCGUUGCGUCCCUAGUGUAGUUUAGAGCAGCCUCAAGAGUGUGUGUGUGUAUGUAUGUAUGUAAAUAAAAGGAGGCGGGGGCUUGGGGAAGGGGAGAGAAUAGAGCAUUACCCUGCAUCUUGUGUAAUCACUUGUAUCAGGGCAGAGUGAAUGUAAAAUUCUACUAAAUCAUAACAAAUGUCCUGGUGCGACUACACAAAAUACAAAAUAGAGAGAAUCUGACCCAAAGUGUGAUAAGCAAUAAUCUUGGAUCCUAUCCUGCAUUCCAUGCAUACCCAUUGAAGAUAAAUUUUGGUAUGCCAGAAAUGCAGGAUUGUUUCCCUUUUUUGUAUUGAGAAGUGAGGAGUAGCUUGGUGCCUUCAAUGUGCCUGAGAAAUGCCUAUCUUGACUAAAGGCUAGUCUAUACUAGAAGCACUACAGCAAUGCAGCUGUGCCACUGCAGCGUGUCUGGUGAUGAUAUUCUGUGCUGACGGGAGAGAGCUCUCCUCUCAGCAUAAUAAAACCACUUCUGCGAGAAGGUCUCCCACCAAUGUCUCCCACACAGCACUUAUGUCAAUGUAACUUAUGUUGCUCAGAGUGGUGGCUUAUUCACACACCUGAGCGACAUAAAUUAUGCCAACAAAAGCUUUAGUGUAGACCUACCCUAAUAUGUAGUCUGGGAUGUUACAGUGCACCUUCAAUAUGUUGUAUUCUGUUAAAUGGUUUCUUCUAAAUAUUUUGCACUGUCAGACUUUAUUUCUAAGGAUCUCAAAAUUCUUUUUCAAAGUAGGUAAGUAGUAUUUUUAUUUUUCAGAUGGAUAAACUGAGCUAUAGAUGAUUUAGUGACCUGACCACAGUUACACAGUGAAUCAGUGACCAUGUAGGACAUAGAGCAGGUAUCGAUUCUUUGCCCCCCGUUCUAACCACUCUCAUACAGUCUCUUAAGGAAAUUAAUGUAUGCACUUUUAGUAUCAGUUCCUUAAAUAACUAUACCUAUUUAUUUAUUUGUUUAUAUUUUUUACUUUUUCUUUAAAGUAUUUACAAGCCUCAGAGUGCACAAUUACUUCAGUUAUUUCCUCACUAGUUUUCUAUCUCUCAGCGACUGAAAGAGAUGCUCAUGCUUCCUCCUACAUGAACUGGGAAAGGUUCAGACCAUUAGUAGUACUUCUGAAGUAAGAGGUUUUGAAGGGAGAAAGACUCUUUAAUUUCUUUAUUCAAGUUUUUCUCAGCUUUAGGUCCUUUUCAUCUCUUGUUUACUGCUUCCUAGCACUUUUUAGACAGUUUACAUUCAACUUUUGGUUGUCUGUUUUUCCCCCCACAAACAACAUUUACUCUUCAAAUUUGACUGGUACAGUCCCUCCAGUUUAUGCUGGGUAUGAAACUCUUUGCAAUUAUUGUAACCCCACUAAACAAUUGGAGAUAUCUUUCUCUAGUUUAAAAAAAUGCUGCUUCUUAACCAGUGACUUUGCAGUGGAAGCACAUUGUUCUCAAAGGUUCAUAUAACAGCACCAAAGGACAGAUUUAAAAACAAUAUUCAGAUGCUUGAAGAUGCAAUUAGGUGUCUACAAGGAUUUUCAAAACCACCUAGGUACCCAACUCCCAUUGUAAUUAAAAUCCCAUAACCUUUUAGAAAUCCGGAUUUACUUUCUACCCAGACAAUACAUUUAUCAAAGUUUAGAAUUAAUUUCAGAUUUGUCUGUAGAUGAAGUGGCAGCAUCCAGAGUCCCUGUUUUUGGAAGCAACAAUAUCAGUGCCUGAAUAUAUAGUGAGUGUGUGAUAAGGUAUUUAUGUUUUUGAGGGGUAGAGGAGCUGCCUUUUACUUUCUAGUAGGUGGAGUAUAAUAGCUCAGAGUAGAGAACAUUUUCAUAAAAUUGGGUUGAGGGGAGACUUCUGCAAACACAGUGAAUCUCAUUUCUUCACAACAUGUAAACAAUCAACCCAAAAGAGUCAAAUGGCCUUGAAAAGUGUUUGGAGUCUUUGUAUUUUUUUAAGUUUUUAGGAACAGCUGCCCUUGGGGUAUGUUCACCUAAAAGUCAGAAUUUUGGUUGCAGAGAGCGAUCCAGGUAAAUAUCUUGAUACAGUGAAAGUGUAUUUGAGGUUAGACUCUGGAUUUGGACAGUAUCCUCCACCUUUCCCUGAGUGUCAGUCAAAAACACAUUAAAGAUUUUAAUGGCAAUCAUUGCAUACUUAGGUGUAGGUAAUUGUUUGCCAUAGUAUUCAUAAUAGAUAAUAUUGCAUUAAUGGUAAUUAGGCAAAAAUAAAAACUAUAAAUGAUUAUUAAAGGCAGUCACUCGCUGAUAUACCUGUGCUCCAUAGCAAUGCUUAAAAUCACUAGUGAAAUACCACUGAGCAAUCAUAACCGGGGAAAGCAGUGAUGACAAUACUCAGGAAAUGCUCUCCAAGGCCAAGUAGCAAUGUUUCUAAAGCCAGAUAAUUCAUGUAUAAAAGUGUGUGAAGGCCUUAUUAAUUCACUUGUAGACUUCAGGUUCUGACAGGUCCAAGUAAGUUUUUUUUUUUUUUUAUAUACUUUUUUAUUUAUUUCCAUAGGCUGUAUCUAAACUGAAGUGUAGUCCAUCCCCUGUACUCUCAGAACCCUUGUCUAUAUUGCACAGAUUUGAAAAAGUUGCCUUGCCUUUUUUCCCAAGUAAAAGAGCAUGUCUAUCUAUUUUGCACAUACUGUUAACCCCUUAUGGCUGUCAUCUUGCGAAUGCACAGCUUCAAUCUUGGAUCAGCUUUAUUUGUAGAGUUCCUUUUCUCUUGUGGUGCCAAUAUUAUGUCAAAGACUUAACAAGUUUUUGGAACAGAAGAAGCUGUAGUGUCUUUUACCAUGAAAUUCUGUACACACUGUGUACGUAGUAUAUACUUGCAUAUUACAUACCUUUUGAUAGUCUUUUGCAUGGAUUUUUCAGGUACCCUUUAUAAUGUUUUACAGGAAAAUAUAUUGUAUAUAGAAUUUUUAUUGCUGGUGGUAGGAAAUAGAGAUUAGUUCAAAACAUUUUUAUGCACUUGGACAAGUACAUUAUUUUUUGGUAUCUUAAGUUUUUGCAAAACUUAUGUACUUAAAGGAGAAAGACAUAAUUUGAUUUAAAAGAAUCCUACAUCUAUUCUAUUUAAGAUAAGGUAGAAAUCUCUGGCAAACUGUUCUAGAUACUGUAAGUAUUCGUUCUGGUCCUUUUGCUUGCAAAGAAGUUCUAAUUUUCUGUUAUCUAUAUUAAACAAUUCAUUAAACCCUCACAAUCUUUUAUUCCUUUCUUUUUGUGAACCUCCUCAAAAUAUUG